CUCUGCUUGGUAAGGUAUUAGAUCAUUGACAUAAGUCGGAGAGGAACUGGGGAAAGAAGGAAAUGGGCCUGUGACAACAGACACCUUAUCAUGUUGAAAUGGGAUAAAGUUACUGUUUCUACGUAGAGAGGACAGUGGUUAAAAUGGAUAAUGUUGCGAAGAACUGGACAUUAUUGAGCCAAAGAAAUUUCUGACAUCUUUCCUCAGUCUUUGAUUCAAAAUGGCGGAUCAAAAAGAGGCUCUGCAUCAGAUACGAAGACAACUGUCAACUGACAGCGAAGAGUUCCAUGAUGAAAAACUGGAUCCAAGGAUUCAGAUAGAGCUUGAGAAGCUAAACAAGGCAACUGAAGAGAUCAACAAACUGGAACUAGAGUUGGACGAUGCCAGGGCCUCAUUCCGCCAAGCUUUGUCUGACUCAACGCAAAAACUUAACACUCUGGCCAAAAAACUUGGAGCAUGUGUGGAAAAGGCUCGACCUUACUAUGAUGCUCGGAUUAAAGCCAAAGAUGACCACCUGGAGACACAGAAGGCAGCACUGAGGUAUGAGAGAGCUUGCAGUAUGCAUGAAGCGGCGAAGGAGAUGGUGCAACUAGCAGAGCAGGGCUACAUGAGACGGGAACAGCCGUCAGACCCCGCCUGGCAGGAGAUGCUCAACCAUGCUACAAUGAAGGUGAAUGAAGCAGAGAAGGAGCGUAAUGAGAGCGAGCGGGAACAUGAGAGGACGACCAUCAACUUCAAGAACUCUGAGGACAGGGUCCAGCAACUGCAGAAGGAACUAAAGCGUGCAAUUACAAAAUCAAAUUUCGCUACACGCCGGCAUUUCCUCCAACUUAGUAGCCUAGCCAAUCAGCACUGGCUAUCACUGUUACCUUAUUUUGAGAUGAAAAUCAAGUUUAACCAGGUCAUGGAAGAACAGAAAAUUAACGUGAGCCGUCUGGAGGAAGAUGUGGCGUCAUCCAAGGCCCUGUACUCACAGGCUCUUCAUAGUCUAGAGGCAAUCAGCGAUGAAAUCCACCGCCAGCGUCUUGAGCGGCGAAAACAACAACAGCUGGGCGUGCGCAGUGCAGGGGUGGGAGCUGAAGACCCAUCCCCACCCCCAUCAUGGGACAACGGCUCCCCUCACAUCGAUGGCAGUGUUACCCCCCACACUAGCAGUUGCUCUAAUGUCUCUCUCACCACAAUAACCGUCAGCUCAAGUGAUGCCACACAGAGCAUGAACACUCUUAGCCAAUCAAAAGUUGAGCUACAAAUGGAGGAUACUUCAAAAGACUUUCUCUUUCCAUCAGUGAUACAUCCCACUGCUGACAAGGCCAGGACAGACAGUUAUCGUCAAGCUAUUGACUCUAGUCAGGUAAUGAGUCCUUCAACUGAUAGUAUGUGUUCAGCAGACUAUGAUGAAAAUUUUGACACGCCUAGUCUCGAUGAGGAGUAUAUGAAUCUCCCAAACACACAUUCCCCGAGAGGGAGGAUUGUGAUGCAGAGAGCUCACGUGAAACAGGAGAAGAAUGAAGAAGUAUUUCAAGACGCACAAUCAUCUACUGCCCUUGAUGAAAAAUCACCUGAAGAAGAAUCUCAAAAGGUACAAAAGGCCACAAGUGAUGCCACUGAUGGACUGUCUGAAAGACAGCGGUCUCAACCGAUUGCUAUCGCAGGGAUAAGAUCACACACUGAAGGGGUGUUACACCACCCUCUCAGUAAGAACUACCACUCUAACCUUAGCACACCUGAAGGAGGAAAUAGUCCAGUAAGUGGCUCUCCUUCCACAUCUAGGAAAUCACCAAAGCUGCAAGGGCUGAUUUUACGUAUUGACCCAUCUAUGGACCCCCUUCAAAGGGUUUAUUCCUCCCGACCCAACUCUCUAAGUAGCACACCGCCUCAGUAUUACCCCCCCAGCGCUCAAGAUACACCUGCCGACAACGUCCCUGAACCUUCUGCAGAACCGGUCACCAAAUCCAUCUCUUCCAGAUCUCAAUCUGAAGGAACUCCGGUUAGGGCUGUGCCAAGUUCCAAAGAAUUAGGAACCCCUGGUAGUGAACGUGCUCUGAGAGUUCCUUCUACAAGUGAUAUGUCCUCGUACCAUGAAGACAGCUCGGACACGGAAAGCAUUGCAAGUGCUGGUCCGAUGAUUGAUGACGAACAGAUUGAGUUCCUCAACCUGAACUUCUCCAACCAGACUGUUAAGGAUGACAACCCUCCCAGCUUCCGCAGGCAGUCGUGGAACCGGAUGAGCCUCCCCCCAAGGCUGAGCUACCUUGAAGGGUAUGUCAGGAAAACUAGUGUGUCCAGUGAAGCUCAGAUUCCAGAGCAAGCUGAAACAGAGGCACCUAAAGUGGAGGCACAGCAAUUGUGAGCAACUGAAGUGCUUCGGACAUUUUUGAACAGUGCUAGGUUUCUUUAUACACUUUGAAGAGUUUUAGUGUAGUUUUAUCACUAGUCUUGGAAGAUGGCCAUGUCAUGACAAUUUUUGAAGGGUGUGUGUAGAAGUGUUGGGAAUGUUUUCGUCACUGUGUCACCAUUAGAAAGUGAAUGUGUUCAGGCACAGAGAGAUAUGCUCAGCACAUAGACAUAGAUUUUGAUUAGAUGUGUAGAUACCUGGACACAGGGUUCUUUUAAGAAAUCAAUCUGGAAUGCAUCACAUUAUGUCAUAUUGUGAUAGUUAAAAAGGAUUUUAAAAAGUGUAUUUUAUACAAUUUUGUCAAGAAAAUAAUACCUUAAAAAACAAAGCAAUUGCUUUCUAUUAUUUCGUUUUCAUUUGAAAUUCAACCAUAUAGAAAUGAUUUUUAAGAAUAAAUGGAUAAUAAGAAUACUAAUCAUAAUGAUGCAAUGAUUUGUUUUAGCAUGUUAAGAAUUUCUGUUCCAAGGAGCUGUUUUUAAAUGUUUCUUAAAGUUUUUACCUGUGAAGUGAAAAAACAUAUUUAUGUAUUUAUUUCAAUCAUGAAGGUAUUCUAUGAUUCAUGAUAGUUUAGAAUGUGGCAAUGUGCAACAUUUUUAUAAUAAAGUGAUAACUAAAUGUUGUCACAGUAAACGUUCUUCGAGUCUAAGGGACUGAACAUUGUAUCUCUUGGAGACAGGAAAGCCUGGGAUUUUCCUGGACAUAUAUUCUAGCAGUGUCAAAUAGUUUGUAUAGUAUAUUACUCAACAUUUGAUAGGGAUAUUCUGAAUGUGGGACCUGAAUGUGUGUGUAUGGUUGCUAGAAGAUGAUGUCAUGCAAUUAGUAUCCCAUAUCCCAAGCAAUCAUUUAAAGUUAAUGAAAGCAAGUGCACAAUUAACAGAUUAAUGUACGCCAGGUGCUGUCCUCUAGUUACAUGACAGUAUGCAAUAGCAGCGGAAGAAAUUGGCACUAGUCCUUGCCAAACUGCAUUAUAAGGACUGGUAGAAAUUUGCCCUUUUUAAGGGUUUUGCUAUAUGUUAUCAUUAUGGGGACUAGUGGACGAAAACUGUUUGAUUCUAACGCUGCAAUAGCCCAGUAUCCCUCUCUAAUUUUGAGUAGUAUGUUGUAGAUUGCCAGAUAUGAUCCAGGAUUCAUUAUGUAUUUUUAAUUUAAAAAAUAAAUUCUAUCAAAUCAUGUCAGAAGGCAAGUUGUACUGUUGCAAUUAUCAUAAUCAUUUGCAACUAACACAAUAUAAAAUGCAUUUUUGUUCUCACUGACCUGAUGUGAUAUAUUUUUUUAAAUACAAAUAUGUUGUGAAUCCUCGUUGUGUUGAUUGCAACCAAAUAAGAUUUCUGGUAGAAAUAUCCUAGUUCCCUCUUUGCUUAGAGUCUGGUGUACUGUGUCAGUCCCUAAUGAGGUCUAUUCAUUUGCCUUGAUCCGACCAUCAUUCUGACGUUAAUACAUAUCCUAUGGCAUAACUUGUUGAGGCAAUUGAUCACACAUGUUCACUGGAUUAUUUCUCUUUGUCAUUUAUGUUAUUUAUUGAUAUUUUGUAUUUCAUGAUAGUCAUACGGACUGGCGCUACUUCUGACCAGUGAUCCAUUCCUCAAAGUGAUUGUAGUACUAAGCAUGCUAAGACGAUCAUGAGUCCCGUACCUUAUCAUGGACUUAAGAUACCUGUAGCACUACGAUUGAUUUGUGGAACGGAUCCCAAGUCAAGUUGAUGUGCUUGUAUUCCCAAUGAGGGUGGUAGAAAUGUUCCAAAUUUCUUGAUGAGAUAUCAGAUGCAGAGAUACAGGAACUGACUUGUCAUGACUCUGAUACUUGCAGUAGUCCUAGUGCUAAGAUAACUUGCCCUGUAUCUGUCUACUGGCAUAUUUUCUAUGACUGGGCCCCUGUGGAGAUCCGGGUUAGAAUUGGUCUUCAGCAUCCCAUGCUUGUCCAAAAAGCAACUUCCGUGGUUGGGCUCACUGACUUGGUUGAUGCAUAUCAUCGUAUCACAAUUGCAUAGGUCAGUGCUUAUGAUGUCAAUCACUGGAUUGUCUGGUCCAGAUUUGAUUAUUUACAGACCACUGUCAUAUAGCUGGAGUAUUGCGGAGUGCGGCAUUAAACAACAAACAAACUAGGUCUGAGAUAAGACAUGUUUCUAUAUACCCUGCAAAACUUUGUUUGGGUGAUAAUGACACAAUCAAUGAUUAAUAUAAAACUAGAUUAUUGUUGGUCCAUGGUUCAUGUAUUUUGGUUGAAAAUGCACAAAAAAUGAUGACAGACUCUAAAUGAUAAAACUAAACUUAGUGAUACACUAAAAUAUACUGGGCACGGUUUGAUGCAAUGGUCGUAUUAAAACUUACUGUAUCAUAUGCAUCUGUGUAUCUGUGAAUCAUACCUCCCCGAUAUUUAUUUAUUUAUGUUAAGGUCAGCCAGAUUAAUGAGAUGGAUCCCAGACAUAUUCACAUGGGAACAUGCAGGUUUUGAAAAAGGAAAAAUCAGCAAGAGCUAGUCAACUGUUUUAUAACACAAGCAGUAUUCCUUGGAAAUUUUUAUCUUUCACACUGUUUUCAUAUGACUGAACACCUGGCAGUGGAAUAGCAUCAACAAUAUCAAGACUUACUAUUUAGAAAGUGAAAAGAAGUUUUUUCCAAAUUCACCCUCCUGAAAUAAUAGAUUAUACAAACACAGCUGGACAAGGGGUGUUUGAUUUUUGUCAAAUAGAAAUUGAUUGUCAUCACUGUAUCUCACGUGGUCUUCUGUAAAUAGACUUGCCAUUGCAUGAAGGUUCCCUUGGCAGAUAAGCCAGCAGUUACAUCAGCAGUUAAUGACAGCAUGGCCUGGUCUCUGUAAAAAGCUUUAAUAAAACAAAUUUAAACAUUUUUCACAUGGACAACCAUUCAGGACAUAAGCAGCAUGAUGCAUUGUUAAAUUCAAUUAAACUUGUCUUUUGUCUAUAAUAUCUUUUUGGAUAGAUAUUGCAAUACCUUGUUAAGAAAUCUGGAACUUUUUAACCAUCCUCCACAAUGUUGACUUCACCAUGUGUUCUAUGAUUCAGAUCUGAAUCUUUCACUUGUUCCUAUGAUUACAAUCACUAGAUCUGAUUUUAACCUUUAACCAUGUCUGUCAUAAUGAGCACACCAUGGUCCACAGGUCCAGGUACUCGGGGAUCAUCACACACUUAUUUAGGAUGUACAAUUCAUAUGAGUCACAACCACAAUUCAGCCACAAUCAGCAACAUUUACUAAGAGAGAUAAUUUCUUAACAUGCUUGGGAGACUUUACACUGUCAGUUUGGGCAUUGUUAAAUCCACAUCCUCAGUAUGCCAUAUAGUAUAACCCUGUUCUCAGUGAAAUCAGGAUUAAGGCCUGAGUCUUAUGGUCUCAUUCACAGACCAACCUCAUUUAAGAUGCCAACCGUAACAUUUUUGCAGUGAUACUUGCUGUUUUGGACACACAAAAAACACACAUGAAAAUAUAUACAAUAUAUAGAAAUACUGGUAUAUAGAAAAUAUAUAAACACAAGUUUACAGUAUUUCUCAAUCAUAGCUGGAGUUUGUUCUUUUUUAAAAAAUGGUAGUGGUAUUUUGAAAUUAAGUGUAAUUUGGAACAUCAACAAUAUAUUAUAUUAGGCCUAACAAAUUCAAGGAUUAACAAAACCUGUAAUGUUAUAUUUUGGAUUACACUUAUUUUGGUGGAGUCCUAUCUGGGUUUUCGAACACACAAUCUCAGAGUAAGGCACCUAAUCGCCAGCACACAAAGUCAGCCAACUAACCCACUCAGCCAACGAGGUUUCCACAAAAUGGAAGUCCGACAACUGGUAGUCGCAAACUUUAUGUACCCCUGUGAUAAGUGUAGUUGGUGGGUGGUUUCAAAGAGUCAAGAUAAACUGGGGUUCAUUUGGUGGCAAUAAGCCAUAAAUGUGUUUAUCAGUUUCACACAGAAAUAUAUUCUUGUUAAUUUGCCAUUAUUUUUAUGACUGAUGGCAUUUUGCGUGCUGUUUUUGAGAAGUGUUUGGAAGCAUCAGUUUAUUUUUUUAUUCAUUGUGAUUUACAGUUUGGUUUCACCUUGUGGUCUAGCUGUGUAUGGGGUAUUUGAACCUUCAAGUCACCUACUGUUUAAAGAAAUUACCAUGUACUAAAGGUUUGAUAUGAUAUAAAUCACUUGAACUCAGAUUUUUUGGACAAAUGUCAGCCUUCAUUCUUCUGUUUCACUUCAUAAAUUAUGUUUUUAGGUUUGUCAGCUUCAGACCCAUGCUUGUGGUUUCACCAAUGUGGUAAACGUCUGAGAUCUGCAUCACUUUGGGCUUUCUUCCCACAUUAAGCUGACAUGCUGUGAUAUAAAUGAAAAACUGUUAAUAGUGACGCUAAACCCAACCCAAUCACUCACUCACUCAUCAAGUUGAUCUGUACAACUUUACCUGAUUGGCUGGUUUAGACAAAACUAUUGUCACUUUUCUCAGGACGUCGCUUAAUUUUAGUAUUUUGCAUAUAUUUGCAUCAUUUAGUUUUGAUAAACAUGACACCCAUGAAAUGUGAUAUGUUUUAAUAUUUCAAUUCUUUAGGUGUUGUGAAGUGUGUGCCUCACUGAUUCCAACACAUCUGUCACAAAGGAAGGUUCUUUUGCUUUGAUUUUUUUGCGGAGGUCUUGACAGUGUUAAUUUGGAGGAGGCACUGAGUCUUACAAAUAGGUGCCUCUGUUGAUAUCUCUUUGGAUGAGGUAAACUCUUGAAGCAACAUUAACGCAAUGUUGAAAUGUUGAAUUGUGUCAACAUUAACAAGUUAUUUUUUGCCAAAUAAAAGGCCUGGGCAGUUUGAUAUAGAGCAUGAAGGGUUAGCAAGUGACUGAUUCACAUUAAACAGCACACCUGGUAACACUUGAAGGAUGGGUGAAUGUAUAUUUGGCUAGUUUAACAUAUGGUAUUGCCUCCAGAUGAAUGUAUGCCAGGCAGUUCAUAUCACUUAAGAGCAAAAGGUUUCACUUAAAAAUUAUGUCAUAAUGUUGAGUUUGAAGAACAGGGUUGGACAGUCCUUUAUAGAACUUUAGUGCAUUCAACAGUGCUGCAACUGUUUGUUCCAAGCUGUGGGAUGUUCUUUCUAUUCAAAUAUUUUGGAAUAUCAAAUCCUUCAAAAGAGUGUUAAAAAAAUAUUCAGAAAUAAUUUAAGUAUAAUACAAGUAUUUAAGUUGUUGGCAUGACAUGUGAGAUCAUAGGACGUUUUCAUAUACUUGGAUUAUUGGACUAACAUGUGAAUGUUGGCAACAGAACUGUCAUACCUUAUGAUCCAAGUAGUCAGUUUAUUUAUCCCUGUGUUAGGAAGAUUAGGGUUAGACAGUGCUUUUGCAUGAAGAUUAUUAGUUCGAAAUUAUACUGGUAAUUUGUCUUUGACAGUUUCAAGUUGUUUUUAUUGGCCUUCCUUUUCCAGAGGCAAUGCAUUCACCCAGCAGGCACUGGGAAGAUAACAGUGUAUGCCAAAAUGAAUUAUCUCUUGGUUCAUCAUGAGAAAAUUAACAUGUGGUUCGCCGAUUUAAAUUUGUUUUUAGAAAGUGAAGUAAACUUAAAAACCUUGACCUUAAGAUAGGAGUAAUUUGUGUGUUACAAGGUUAGGUUGUCUUUUGAGCAGCAUGAAUGUAAUGUUUGAUAGAUGAGCAGGCAGUGGAUUUUUCCAGGUUGCAUAAACUGCAUGCAGAUGACAUAUUCAGCAGUGAUGGGCAGUGGGUAAAGCUUCUGCUCGUAAAGGUGACAGCCAGGCUCGAUUUCCCACAUGGGUAUAAUGGGUGAAGCCAUUUCUAGUGUCCCCUGCCAUCAUUCAGAUACCAAAAGCUUAAAACCCUACUCACUCACUCAUACAGCAGUGAAUCUGUUUUCCUUGUGAAAAUGCCUUGGUGUUAAUGAUUCAUAAGGUAUUGUGUGUAAAUUUUGGCGAUUACCUAGAAUCUAUUCCAUAAUAUCAUCUGCAUGUUCAGACCAAUAUGCACAUUAGACAAUGCCCAUUGUAAUAUUGCCAUGGUUACAAGACCUUAUAAAGGAACUGUUGUCAGAACAUUUUACAAGCCAUGAAUUGGUGACUGUUGUAUUAUCCAAGAUUUUUGUUAAAGGGAAUGGGAAGAAGUUAUUGAUGUGUUCAAUGAGUUGUUGUACCUACUUUCAUCUAGAUACAUAGUUUUAAUCUCUGCAUUGUCCCAAAUACAGUCCACCCUGGCUGUUGUGACCAGGGACCUGUUCCACAAAGUGAUCUUAGCGCUAAGAUGAUUGUAAUGUACUUCUUAAACAGUCUAACAUACUUAUUUCCCCACCCCUGAGUAUUAUAGCUCAAAAUUGGUACUAUGUAACCAAUGGGUAUCAUUUUGGCUAAAAUGGCGGAUAAGAAUGGAUUAUUAUUAUUAUUAUUUUGGAUGAAUGAUCUUGAAAAAAUGGUUGAAAUCAUUGGUUUGCCUCAACCGGGUCCAAACCUGCUCUGCAGGCCAUCAUAAUCCAGACACUGCUGACGAGGCAUCACUCAUCUUACCCCAACACCAUUUGGGAGCUCUUGCUGCUAAACAACAAUAAUCAAAAUUCAUCAGACUGCAAGACAGUAAUUUGUGUUGGUGGCAAUACUUAUGAUUUGUCUGUUGAUUAGGGCUGCAACGAUACAGGAAGGUCACGAUACAAUACGCAUCUCAACAUUCUGAUCACGAUACGAUAUGUAUCUCGAUAGGCAAUGAUAAAAAAAAACAAGACUUAAAGCAUGUCAAGAUUGAACCCACAUGAUUUUG